AUAAAUGACUUCAUCUUGAGACUUUAAAAGGAGUCUCGAACUAGUAAGUUAGUAAUCAGUAAUAGUAGGAUGGUCCGAGGAUGAUGAACUUGUACGGAGACUUUAAAAGGAGUCCCGAAUUAGUAAGUUAGUAACCAGUAAUAGUAGGAUGGUCCGAGGAUGAUGAACUUGUACGGGGGCCAAGAAUUCAACGAAGAGUCCUCACGAGACGUAACGUAGGGCUCUCUAGUCUGCAGUUCCCCGGCGAGGUUGAACUCUUUGCCCUCGUACUGUCCUAGAAGUUCGUCAUCAUUACUAUUACUAAUUACUAAUUUAAAUCCCACACCGGGCCGCGCCCCUCGGCCUAUAUAAAUCCCACACGCGGCUCCUGUUGCGGCAACCGUCUCCAACUUCUCCACCGUCCUCCAGUCACGCGUGACUCGCCUCGCCUCGCCUCUGUCCACAUCGACCACGCCGGAUCCACCAAGCCGCGCGCGGCGGCGCGGGAGAGGGGUUUAAGGCCAGCAAGCAGCGCGUGGUGAUCCGAGAUCGCUGCUGCGGCGCGCGAUGGCGGCGAACGCGACGGCGAAGUGCCCGGGGCCGAUGAAGGCCACCUCGCAGGGGGCGUUCCAGGGGGAGAACCCGCUCGAGUACGCGCUCCCGCUCGCCAUCCUCCAGAUCUGCCUCGUCGUCGUCGUCACCCGCGGCCUCGCGUACCUCCUCCGCCCGCUCCGACAGCCCCGCGUCAUCGCCGAGAUCAUCGGAGGAAUUCUGCUGGGCCCGUCGGCUCUGGGCCGGAGUGAAAAGUUCUUGCACACCGUGUUCCCAGCCCAGAGCAUGACAGUGUUGGACACGCUGGCCAACCUCGGCCUGCUUUUCUUCCUGUUCCUCGUCGGCCUCGAGCUCGACAUCUCUGCCAUCCGCCGCACUGGCAAGAAGGCCCUCGCCAUCGCGCUUGCUGGCAUAUCUGUCCCGUUCGCGCUUGGCAUCGGCACAUCUUUUGCGUUCCGUGCCACCAUUGUCAAGGGGGCGCCACAGGGGCCAUUCCUUGUCUUCAUGGGCGUCGCGCUCUCCAUCACCGCCUUCCCGGUUCUCGCCCGUAUCCUGGCCGAGCUGAAGCUUCUGACCACUGACCUUGGUCGCAUGGCCAUGUCUGCAGCUGCGGUCAAUGACGUUGCUGCCUGGAUCCUGCUAGCACUUGCCAUUGCUCUCUCUGGUUCUGGGUCACCGAUAGUUUCCCUGUGGGUGCUGCUGACUGCUACCGGCUUCGUCAUUGCAAUCUGCUUGUUCCUCCGCCCGGUGCUGGCCUGGAUGGCACGCCGGUCACCUGAGGGCGAGCCAGUCAAGGAGGUCUACAUCUGCGCCACCCUCGCCAUUGUCCUCGCUGCUGGUUUCGUGACCGACAUCAUCGGCAUUCAUGCUCUGUUUGGUGCCUUCAUGGUCGGCAUCGUCGUACCGAAGGACGGGCCUUUCGCUGGUGUGCUCAUCGAGAAGGUGGAGGACCUCAUCUCAGGGCUCUUCCUCCCGCUUUACUUCGUCUCCAGUGGCCUCAAGACCAAUGUGGCCACUAUCAAAGGGGCCAAGUCCUGGGGCUUGCUCGUGCUCGUCAUCGCAAACGCAUGCCUCGGCAAGAUUGGCGGCACGGUGAUCACGUCCCUGUUCGUCAAGAUCCCCGUGCGGGAGGCUAUCACACUCGGCUUCCUCAUGAACACCAAGGGGCUCGUCGAGCUCAUCGUCCUCAACAUCGGCCGGGACCGCAAGGUGCUGAACGACGAGGCGUUCGCCAUCCUGGUGCUCAUGGCGCUGUUCACCACCUUCAUCACGACGCCCAUCGUCAUGGCCAUCUACAAGCCGGCGAGGAAGACGGUGCCGUACAAGCGCCGCACCGUGGAGUGCACGGCCGGGGACGCGGAGAACGAGCUCCGCGUGCUGGCCUGCUUCCACACCAACCGCCACAUCCCGACGCUGCUCAACCUGGUGGAGGCGUCGCGGGGCACCGGGCGCCGCCGCCUCACCAUGUACGCGAUGCACCUGGUGGAGCUCUCGGAGCGGUCGUCGGCCAUCAGCCUGGUGCACCGCGCCCGCCGCGACGGCAUGCCCUUCUUCAACAGCAAGGAGCAGCGCACCGAGCAGAUGGUGGUGGCGUUCGAGGCGUUCCAGCAGCUGAGCUCCGUGCGGGUGCGGCCCAUGACGGCCAUCUCCGACCUCGACACCAUCCACCGGGACGUCAUCGACAGCGCCGCCGACAAGCGCGCGGCCAUCGUCAUCAUGCCGUACCACAAGGCGCUCCACCACGACGGCUCCUUCCAGUCUCUCGGCUCCGCGUACCACGCCAUCAACAAGCGCGUGCUCCGCGAGGCGCCCUGCUCCGUCGCCAUCCUCGUCGACCGCGGCCUCGGCGGGCACGCGCAGGUGUCGGCCAAGAACGUCUCCUUCUCCGUCGUGGCGCUCUUCUUCGGCGGGCCUGACGACCGCGAGGCGCUGGCCUACGCGACGCGCAUGGCGGAGCACCCGGGCGUCGCCGUCACGCUGGCGAGGUUCCAGCCGAGCCGCCGGCUGCAGUCGGGGUCGGGGGAGGAGGAAGCGGCCGACGAGGCGGCGGUGGAGGCGUUCAAGGCAAAGGUGGGCGCGGCGAAGGACGGGUCGGUGCGGUUCGAGGAGCCGGAGGCGUACACGAGGGAGCAGGUGCUGGAGACCAUCGAGUCGCUGUCGGGUUUCAACGUGUUCGUGGUGGGGCGGAUGCCGCCGACGGCGCCGCUGGUGGAGAGGCCCGACGAGCUGGGACCCGUGGGGAGCUACCUGGUGUCGCCCGAGUUCAGGACGUCGGCGUCCGUGCUGGUGAUCAAGAGGUACGACCCGGCGACCAACCCCAAGAGCAAGAGGUUCGACCCCAAGGCGAGGCCGCCGGUCGCGACGGAGGAGGAUGUUCUGGACGAGGAGGUCGGGAUGGGCAGCGCCGUCGUAAUGCCCGUGACGCAGUCCCCAAUGUGAGCGACAUCGCGUGAUCGAGAUGAGCAAUGGAAGCCGUGACCGUGAGAGCUGCGCCGCCGGCGCAACCUUAGAGAUGACGCUUUGCUGAGGUGUGCCGUGUGUACGUGUUACUGUUGUGUGUACCGUCGUCUCGCCGAGCAUUCGUGGCGACCAUCCUAGCUUUCAGCCACCAGCUGAUAUGAUAAGUUCCGUGUGGCCGGAUGAUGCCUGAUGGGGGGAUUGCUUGCAUUGUUGUGCUCGCGUCGUGCGGCGACACCGGAUCAAGUGUAUAUAUACGUGAUGUGUUUUACUGGAAUACUCGUACACCCAGCUGUAUGAGUAGUGACCAGUGACUAGCGUGUUGGUGUGUGCUGUUAAUUACUGGCAUUGUCCGUAAUACAUUCUUCAAGACAUAAAAUGCUUUUUUAUUGUUAUAAGAUUGGAAAUUGGCCA